AUGAGAAGAGGAGUUGGGCCAGCAUCAUUGAGACCCAGAAAUGAUGCAGCUAACUUUGGAACACAAAUUGAGUGCAGAGCCACGACCAUGAUCACCGCAUCCACCAUCACCACCAAACUAGUUCAUCGUGAUUCCGUUCUCCCUCAGUCAAGGCCUAUAGUUUCUUUCCCCGAUGAUGACAUUCGUGGUAGUGUCAUUCCAGAAUAUAGAGGCUCCACUUUUUUUGUCAACUUAUCAAUUGGGGAUCCACCCGUCCCACAGCUACUAACAAUGGAUACUGGUAGCAGUCUAACAUGGGUUCACUGCCAACCUUGUAGUGAAUGCUAUCCACCAACUAGAACUACCCCUAUCUUCGAUCCAUUGAAAUCAUCGACUUACAAUGAUAUUUCUUGUUAUGUUAACUAUUGUGAUUCAAAUAUUAAUGGGAUUUGUGACUCUACAGACCAAUGUAACUAUUCCAUCAAAUAUGCUGAUAGGACAACAAGCGUAGGGGAUCUUGGCACGGAGAAGCUCUCAUUUGUGACGUCUACAGAUGACUUGAUAGAUGUCUCCAAUGUUGUUUUUGGCUGCGGGCAUAAAUAUAAUGCGGGCAAUGGUGCACUAACAAAUGGGGUUCUUGGACUUGGUUUUCAAAAGAUAUCGUUAGUCUCCAAACUCUCUUCCAAAUUUUCUUAUUGCCUUGGGGAUAUAGGAGAUCAUCAUUAUAUCUACAACCAACUUAUCCUAGGGGACGGGGCGAUUAUUGAAGGUGAUUCAACGCCACUUGAACUAUAUGAUGGUCAUUACUAUAUAACCUUAGAAAGCAUAAGGGUAGGAGAGACCCUACUUGGCAUAGAUCCGAACAUCUUCAAAAGAACAUCCAGUACAGAUGGGGUAGUUAUCGACUCGGGAGCUACACUAAUGUAUCUCAGAAGAGCUGCAUAUGAACAACUUAAAUCAGAAAUUCAAAAUUUAAUAGGAGGCCUGCUACCGCAAAUUAACGGCCAAGACUUGUGCUACCUAGGAAUACUAAACAAAGACCUCAAAGGGUUUCCGGUUGUUACGCUAAACUUGGCUGGCGGAGCGGAUUUAGUGCUAGACAUAACAAGCAUGUUUAGACAGCAGCGGAAUGGAUUAGUUUGCAUGGCAGUGAAAAUAUCCGAGGAUAAUGGAAUUGGGACAAUGAGUAUUAUUGGAGUGAUGGCUCAACAGAAUUACAAUGUUGCCUAUGACCUAACAACAAUGAAGCUCUAUUUGCAGAGGAUUGACUGUGAGCUUCUACAGAAUUGA